CCCCAAGCCCUGCCGGCUCAAAGCCUCCACUUUUUUGUUUUAGUCUUCAUGUCAGCAAUCCCCUCAUUUCUCAAUCAUUGCAAUUUGGAACCCUAAAGUGUUUCUCUCAAAUUCCACAUUUUCCCUUCCUAAUUGCCUUUUCAACCUCGUAAAUUCUCAAUUAGCUUGUUGAUCGCGGUCGUUCCUCUCUCCUGUUCCAUCGAAAUCGUGAAAUUCAUCAAUGGCGUAGUGGGUUGCAGUUUGGGAUGGCUGCCGCAGGCAAAGCUGAUGCUGUAGUUGCUGUGCCGGAGCAUUUCCCGGUCGGGCUAAGGGUGCUGGUGGUUGAUGACGAUGUUGUUUGGCUCAAAAUAAUCGAGCAGAUGCUUCGCAAGUGCAGUUAUAAUGGUCUGUUCUUGUUUCAUAGCAGCUUAUUUGAUCAGCUAACCUUUCUGCUUAGUAAUUUUUGAGGUUUAUCUGCAAUAUAUUCUCGUGGCAUCCUGAGAUGAUUUCAAUUACUUGAUCUAUAAUUGAGCUUGGAGAAUUUUGUUUCUUUUUCUGUGCUAAUCAUCUUGAGAGCAAAGAUUGCCUUAGAGGGUAAGAAAGGUCACCUUUUGGACUGUUUCUCUCAAUCGUUCAUGGGAUCAUAUGGUUGGUAAGUAUAAAAUGGCGUUUAUAAAAUUGAUUUGAGAAUUUUCAUUGAUUCAUAAAUUGUUAUGCUUAUC